GGUACCUCGUGUUUUUGUUCUUUCUUCUGUAUCGCCAUCGCCAGGCUGCAAUCAGUGCGCGUUAGAUUUUCGUUAAUUGUAUCAGAUUGCGUUAUAAAAUGUCCUCAACCGAAGCACUAAACGUGGAGGCGGCCGUCACCGAGAACGGUGUAGCCGGCGAGGACGCGAAGAAACAGAAAAAGCCAAAGCCGAACAACAAGAAACUGCGGCAAGAGGCCGCAGCCAAGAAGGCCGUUGAGGGUGGCAGCGACGAAGCUGCCCCGGAUGCAGAUGCAGAGACCACAAACGGCGAGAAAAAAGCCGCAGUCGCCGCCUCGGCCCAGCCGGCAGCAAAGAAGAAGAACAAUAAGGGAAAGAAAGCCGGCAACGGCCAGACGGAGCCCCCAACCAUACCGAUUGCAAAGCUUUUCCCCUCUGGCGUGUUUCCCGAGGGCGAGAUUGUGGAGCAUCCUACGCCCAAGGACAUGCCGGAUGAUCGCACGGCCAAGGAUCGCUUCACCUCCGAGGAGAAGCGUGCCCUGGACCGCAUGAACAACGAAAUCUACCAGGAGCUGCGCCAAGCAGCCGAAGCCCAUCGCCAGACUCGUCAGUAUAUGCAGCGCUUUAUCAAGCCCGGCAUGACCAUGAUCCAGAUCUGCGAGGAGCUGGAGAACACGGCCCGUCGCCUUAUCGGCGAGAACGGCCUCGACGCUGGUCUGGCCUUCCCCACUGGCUGCUCUCUCAACCACUGUGCGGCCCACUACACCCCCAAUGCAGGCGACCCCACAGUCCUGCAGUACGACGACGUGUGCAAGAUUGAUUUUGGCACACACAUCAAGGGACGCAUCAUCGACUGUGCCUUCACCCUGACCUUCAAUAACAAGUACGACAAGCUGCUGCAGGCCGUCAAGGAGGCCACCAACACCGGCAUCAAGGAGGCCGGCAUUGACGUGCGUCUAUGUGAUAUCGGGGCUGCCAUUCAAGAGGUGAUGGAAUCAUACGAAAUCGAGCUGGAUGGCAAGACAUACCCCAUCAAGGCCAUACGUAAUCUGAACGGACACUCCAUUAGCCCGUACCGCAUUCAUGCUGGCAAAACUGUUCCCAUUGUGAAGGGCGGCGAGUCUACGCGCAUGGAGGAAGAUGAGUUCUAUGCCAUUGAAACUUUCGGCUCCACGGGACGCGGUCUGGUGCACGACGACAUGGACUGCUCGCAUUACAUGAAGAACUUUGAUCUGCCGUUCGUGCCUUUGCGUCUUCAGUCUUCCAAGCAGCUUCUGGGCACAAUCAACAAGAACUUUGGCACUCUGGCCUUCUGCAAGCGCUGGCUGGAUCGCGCUGGCGCCACCAAAUACCAGAUGGCUCUCAAGGAUCUGUGCGACAAGGGCAUUGUGGAGGCCUAUCCGCCACUGUGCGACAUCAAGGGCUGCUACACGGCCCAGUACGAGCACACCAUUAUGCUGCGUCCCACUUGCAAGGAGAUCGUAUCCCGCGGCGACGAUUAUUAAGUGCAUUCAUGCGUGCGAGCGCGUGAGUAAGCGGCGAGCAGCAGAGUUUGCAUUAUAUACAUUUUUGAUAUAAGUCCAUUCUAUUGUUGAUCAUUUGUAACCGUAUUUCAAAGCGAUUUCAAUAUAAAGAGUAUUUAUGCUCAGCA